AUGCUCCAGCGCACGUGGUCCUACCUGCUGUACCUGUACGGGGCUCUGAUCAGCGCCCUGAGCCCAUGUACCCCCCCGGCCCCCCUGCCAGCCAGCGGGCUGGACCGGGACCAGUUCCCCCGGCAGUACUUGGGCACCUGGCACUUCAUCGCUGCAGCAGCAGUCACCCCUGCUGCCCUGGAGACCUUCGCGGGCACUGACGGCUCCAUCUUCCACAUGGGGCAGGGCCCCCAGCCCCAGCGUCUGCAGCUCCGCGCCGCCCUCCGCCUGAAAUCAGGGGGCUGCGUGCCCAGAUCAUGGAUUUAUCUGCUUAACGAAGGGAGCACUGACCUGGCCACAGAAGGGCGGCCGGGGAUGAGGACCGAGCUGUUCUCCAGCAAGUGUCCAGACACCAUCAUUGUCCAGGAAACCGACCGAGACUAUCAAAGGAUCCUGCUGUACUCCCGCACCUCCGACCUGGCUGACAAGUGCAUUGAGGAUUUCCGGAGCCAAGCCUACUGCCUGGACAUGGAAGAAUUCCUGCUUAUCCCCCGCAGCCAAGACACCUGCCAGCUUCAGGAUUCCUGA